AACUGAUAAUAUAUUCAAUUGCUGUGGUUACUGUCAGUCAGUCGUCUUCACAAUGGCGAGCUAUUCAUUCCUCGGAGUUACUGUCAGUUUCAUUUUUAUUAUCACAUAUGCCUUCGCUAACGAUACAUUACAUUUUCCCAAGGACUUUUUAUUAGGCACGGCUACAGCCUCUUAUCAAAUAGAAGGUGCUUGGAACGAAAGUGGUAAGGGCGAAAGUAUAUGGGACGAAUAUACACACAACCGUCCAAAUUUUAUACGUGAUCAUAGCACUGGUGACGUGGCUUGCGACUCUUAUCACAAAUAUAAAGAGGAUGUGCAAUUAUUAAGUAACUUAAAGGUUGACUUUUAUAGGUUUUCUAUCAGUUGGCCACGAGUUUUGCCGACAGGUUACGCUAACGUAAUCAAUCGUGAAGGGAUCAAUUAUUACAAAAAUCUUAUUAACGAACUGUUAGCAAAAGGUAUCGAACCAUUUGUCACCUUAUAUCAUUGGGAUCAUCCAGAAAUUUUCGAAAAGAUGGGUGGAUGGACCAAUGAAAUGAUGGUUGAAUGGAUAUCCGAUUACGCAAGAGUCAUUUUCAAAGAGCUUGGUCCAAAAGUUAAAUAUUUUAUAACUAUCAAUGAAGCAGCCGUCUUUUGCGACGAAGGAUACGGAAGAAACGAUAAAGCACCAGGAAAGAAUUUAGGCAGUACUGGCAAAUAUCUGUGUAUGCAUAACGCUCUGAAAGCACAUGCCAAGAUUUAUCAUAUUUAUGAUGAAGAAUUCCGAAAACCAGGGGACAAAAUUGGUAUAGAUGCAGCUUGCUCAGGUGCAAUUGCCAAACAUCUUAAUGAUACUACAGCAAUAGAUCUGCAUUUUCAAUUCCAUUGUGGAUGGGCAGUUCAUCCAAUUUUUUCGAAGACUGGCGAUUAUCCAGAAGUCAUGAAAACCCAUAUAGCUGAGAACAGUAGAUUGGAUGGCUAUCCGAGAUCGCUUUUACCAAAAUUUUCGCCAACAUGGGUGAACUAUAUUAAGGGCACAUCGGACUUUUUCGCAUUGAAUCAUUAUACUUCAGUACGUGUAGAAACAGUGCCACGAGAAGAAGGACAAAGAUGGUAUCAAUUUUCUGGCGUAAAAGAGAGUUUAGAUCCAUCAUGGCCAGGAAGCGCUUCAUCUUGGCUCAAAGUUGUUCCUCAAGGAUUUCGAGAAAUUAUUAACAAGAUUGCGAAAGAAUAUGAUAAUCCACCUCUUUAUAUUAUGGAGAAUGGCUUCUCUGACGAAUGUUGCACUUCAGAUCAUUCAAGAAUAUCUUAUUUGCAUUCUUACAUAAAAGCUAUGCUAUUAGCCAUUUAUGAAGAUGGAUGUAACGUGAAAGGCUAUACUAUUUGGAGUUUUCUAGACAAUUUUGAAUGGCUCGCUGGUUAUACAGAACGAUUUGGAUUGGUAUACGUCAACUUCACGGAUAGUCAGCGAACAAGAACUCCAAAAUUAUCAUUUAACUGGUAUAAACAUAUCAUUGAGACACGAAAGCUUACUUCUACUUUCGACUCACCAACCGUAAUAAAUGUUGCAUAAAUAAUAUGCAUACAUGUAAAAAAGUCA